UCUCCAUGGCAACCCUAAGCGUCGCAAAUACCGGUGAGUAGGUGAAGGGCGAGUGAGCGGUCUACCCAGUGCCGAGGUUUAAAGUUAAGUACUACCUCCUGAAACUCCAUGAAGCCUUUGGAAGAAUCAAAAAGAAAGAACAUGACAACGGGUUUCACGGUGCAGUCUAGAAUGAAAAACUCCACAGUCAUUGGACCUCCUGCAGCUGGAGCAUUUAAAGAACGGCCUGCCAAACCAACAGCAUUUCGUAAAUUUUAUGAGAGAGGAGACUUUCCCAUUGCCCUGGAGCAUGACACAAAAGGCAACAGAAUUGCAUGGAAGGUAGAAAUUGAGAAGCUGGAUUACCACCAUUAUCUGCCUCUCUUCUUUGAUGGACUCUGCGAGACAACACACCCAUAUGAAUUUUUUGCAAGACAGGGAGUCCAUGACAUGUUAGAACAUGGAGGUGCUAAAAUCCUACCUGUAAUUCCACAGCUGAUCAUUCCAAUAAAAAAUGCGCUGAAUACCCGCAACAAACAGGUCAUCUGCACAACUCUGAAAGUCUUGCAGCAUCUGGUUGUGUCAGCUGAUAUGGUUGGUGAAGCUCUGGUACCAUAUUACAGGCAAAUUCUGCCCAUACUGAAUAUAUUCAAGAGCAAGAACGUAAAUUCUGGGGACGGCAUUGACUACAGUCAACAAAAAAGAGAAAAUAUAGGAGACCUUAUUCAGGAAACAUUAGAAGCCUUUGAACGAUACGGAGGAGAAGAUGCCUUCAUCAAUAUAAAGUAUAUGGUCCCUACAUAUGAGUCGUGUUUAUUGAAUUAAAGUGGAAGAGAUAGAAGUCUGAGUUGCAAGAUACUUUAUCAUUGCAUUACUUUCAAACAUGUUUGUUACUAACAUUGUGCACCUUGAACAGGAUAUAAAGAAACUUACAGUUGAAAAGUCCUUUCAUUCCUAUGGAUAUUUGCUUUGACAUAAAUGUAUACAACUACAAUAAAAAAAGUAUUUUAUUAAACUA